GGGCGCUGCCGCUGGAGAGCGGGCUGGACGCCGCGGGGAGCCCCGAGCAGCGACAGGCGGUGCGGAGAGAGCAAGAGCAAGUCAACGAGCAAGCGGGCGGGCGGACGAGUGGAGCAGCUAGCUACGCGGCCGCAGCUGCGGGCGGGACCCGCAGAGAGCCUCCACCCGCUGGAGCUAGGCGCCGAGAGGAGGAGACGGCACAGAGGGCGCUUGGAGGCAGCUCCGCAAGCAUGAGGGGGCAGUGACAGGGAGCCUGGAGGCUCGGACAGGCGAUUUCCAGCCCGCCCGCCUCCAGCCACUUGUUCCCUGAAGCUCCAGAGCUCAAAUAGGAUGGCUUUGCCGAAACCUGCGGAGCCUGCGUCGGGCGCCUCGAGGAAAGCGCCUAGCCUGCUGGAGAUGGGCGCACUCUGCUUGGACUCGGAGAUUAUCUUCGGUUUCACAAGUCACCUCCUGCGCAGGAGAGGAAAGGUGGCCGAGGGAAGCCCGUGCCGGGAGCCGCUGCCCCUGGAGCUGUCCCCACGAAAGAGACUACCGGCUGCGCCCCCAGACGAGGAUCGAUGUGGCAACCGCCCCCCGCCCGAGGGAGCCGGAGCCGGAGCUGGGGCUGGAUCAGAGCCAGGCCACUUUGAGCGAUCGGGGAGAGGGGGCUGGUGCCGCCACUGUCAGACCAAACUCGCCGAACUCAAGAGACAGGCCUGGAAACUGGUCGGUGGGCAGGGUACGCCCCUCGGGGAUCCAAGAAUUUCAGCUUUAAUUCUUGACAGACUCCAAGUGCCUGAAUAUCUCCAGAGGAACCGGUUGGAAGGAGAGAGUCGCUGUGAUGUGUGUGCCACUCACCUGAACCAGCUUAAGCAAGAAGCCAUCCAAAUGGUCCAGGUGUCUUCCUGCCAGGAGAAGCCUGACCACCCACAUGGUCCUGGGGCCCUGGCCCGCUUGGCAUCCCAGAACCUGGCCACUCAUUGCUCCUUGAGUGGAGACUUGCCUUUGGCCUCAGGGCAAGUGGGGAAGCAGCAGACUUCUCUCUUCCCUGGGGCAGAGAGGAAAAAAGCUCUAGCAUGGCCCCCAGGCUCUGGGGGCUUUCCCAACUCCAGCGUUCAAGUCACUGUGGCUCCCACAGGCCUCGGGGGUGCCUUGAGUUCUGUAACCAUCCAGGCUCAGCAAUACCUGGAAGGCAUGUGGAGCAUCUCCAGGGUGAACAGUUUCCUCCCACCAGCUUGCCUGGCAGAAGCAGCUACGGAGCAGGCGAAGGACGGAUCCCGUGGCCCAGGCGUCCCUGGGCAACACCGCUGUGACCAGCCUGGAUGUUGUCCUCCUGGCACUUCACAGAGUCUGGUGGCACCAGCGGGAGUCUCAACAGGUACUUCUGCUGCAGCUUCCUUCUUCAUAAGAGCAGCCCAGAAGCUCAACCUGGCCUCUAAGAAGAAGAAGCCGCACCCACCCUUGACCCCCGCACACGACUUUUCCAUUUAUGGGACAAACUUUAGCGGUGUGCUGCAGCUUUGCCCUCCGCCGGCGCCCCCCUGCCUACUGAGAUCGGUGGCCAAGGCCAAAGAGAACCCAGGCAUUGGGAAGGUGAAGGUGAUGGUGAGGAUCUGUACAUCCCCGGGCGCUCCUCACUCGUCCGAGCCCAUGUCCUUCCUGAAGGUGGAUGCCCGGAAGAAACAGGUGACGCUGUAUGACCCAGCUGCUAGUUCCCCGGCCAAUGGGGGCUCCCGGAGAACCCCUGGUGCAGUCCCCAAGAUGUUUGCUUUUGACGCUGUCUUCCCACAGGAUGCUGCCCAGGCCGAGGUGUGCUCCGGAACUGUGGCAGACGUGAUCCAGUCAGUUGUGAACGGUGCUGAUGGCUGCAUAUUCUGCUUUGGACACGUCAGGCUUGGGAAGUCAUAUACCAUGAUUGGGAAGGACCAUUCCACCCAGAGCUUGGGGAUUGUGCCCUGUGCCAUUUCUUGGUUAUUCAAGCUGAUCAAUGAGCGGAAAGAGAAGACGGGAACCCGAUUUUCUGUUCGCGUCUCUGCUGUGGAGAUCAGUGGCAAAGAUGAAAACCUCAAAGACUUGUUAGGUGAAGUCGCCAGUGGCAGCCUUCAGGAUGGCCAGUCUCCUGGAGUUUACCUCCGAGAGGAUCCUGUUUGUGGGACACAGCUUCAGAACCAGAGUGAGCUCCGGGCCCCAAGUGCAGAGAAAGCUGCCUUCUUCCUGGAUGCAGCACUCGCUGCCCGGAGCACCAGCCGAGCGGACUGUGAUGAAGAGGACCGAAGGAACUCACACAUGCUGUUCACGCUCCAUAUCUACCAGUACCGGAUGGAGAAGUGUGGCAAAGGAGGAAUGUCAGGUGGCCGGAGCCGUUUGCAUCUCAUUGAUCUUGGGAGUUGUGAAAAAGUGCUGAGCAAGAAUCGGGAACCUGGUGGGUCCCUCUGCCUGUCUCUGUCUGCCUUGGGCAAUGUGAUCCUGGCCUUAAUCAACGGUGCAAAGCAUGUGCCAUACAAAGACAACAAGCUAACAAUGCUCCUUAGGGAGUCACUCGGCAACAUCAACUGUAGGACCACCAUGAUCGCCCACAUCUCGGACUCUCCAGCAAACUAUGCAGAGACCCUCACCACAGUACAGCUUGCCUCCCGCAUCCAUCGGAUGAGAAAGAAGAAGUCCAAGUAUGCAUCCAGCUCUUCAGGAGGAGAGAGCUCCUGUGAAGAGGGUCGAGUACGGAGGCCCCCACACCUGAGGCCUUUUCACCCUCGCACAGUGGCCUUAGAUCCUGACCUUCCUGGCCUGGGUCUUUCCAGUGACCCUGAUUAUUCCUCCAGCAGUGAGCAGUCCUGUGACACCGUCAUCUAUGUGGGGCCCAAUGGGGCUGCCCUGUCUGACCGCGAGCUCACGGACAAUGAAGGUCCACCAGAGUUUGUCCCUAUCAUCCCGUCGCUCAAUAGGAAGCGGGCCAAGGAUGGGCUGGGUGGCCCCUGGAGCUCAGACAAGGACCAUUUUAAGUGUAAUACGUUUGCAGAACUGCAGGAGAGGCUGGAGUGCAUCGAUGGGAGUGAGGAGCCCGCUCGUUUUGGUGGAGGUGACUCCCCCGGGGUAGUGAAUGGCAGUGGGCUGGGCAGUGCUGAGGCUGGCCUGGCCAAGUCAGCCAAGGAGAAGCCACCCUCUCCAUUGAGGGGGUGCAAGAAACCUGCAUUAUUAGAGGUGGCCUCCCCCAAAAAGGGGCCCGGCCUCCAUUUCUCAGCAGGAUCUCCCCGCAAUGGUGCCUGCCCAGGAAAUGGCUCCUCUCAAGGCCAGGUGGAUCUCCCCAAUUCCACCCCUGGAGGUGAUGGGAGAAAAUCAGAUGUGGCAUCAGAUGGAGGGAGAGAUACAACCUCACAUUUGUCGGGACCCUCAAAGCCAGAUGUGUCCAGGAGCCCAGACCGGGGCACUGCUCCAGAGCCAGUCAUCAAGGAUAAGGCUAUGUAUGGGAAGCGACCUCUGCCCAGUCCAGCACCGCCACCUCCUCAGCAGAAGGACCUCACACCCCAGAGCAACAUGUGUUCCAAGCCCGAGGAUGGCGGGGUCCGGUCACCCCCACUAGGAAUGAGUAAGCAGAAGGGGAGUUCUGGGGAGAUGCCUCCUGCCCAGGGAGCUUCCCCACCAGCAUCCGCCAGCACCUUGGAGGUGCACAGCUUCCACUCAGCCUUCCGGGGCAAGUGCUUUGACCGGGACAUCCUCACAACCACGGUGACCCUCCAGCAGCCAGUGGAGCUGAAUGGGGAAGAUGAGCUGGUGUUCACAGUGGUGGAGGAGCUGUCCAUCAGUGGUAUGGUAGACUCUGGUAGGCCCACAAGCAUAAUCAGCUUUAACAGUGACUGCUCCCUGCAGGCCCUGGCCUCGGGCUCCCGCCCAGUCAGCAUCAUCAGCAGCAUUAACGAUGAGUUUGAUGCCUACACGUCUCAGGCUUCCGGGGUGAACAUCGACAUCGUCCUGCCCUUCGGUGAGGGCGCUUUUUCCUCGGGAAGCCGCCGCUCUUCCAUCAGCUCCUGGCUCAGUGAGGUCAGCCUCUGCACCAUGGAUGGUGAUGGGAUGCCCCCUGGGGAGGUCCUCACUACAUCCUCUCCAUUCGCCUGUGAUCCCGCUGGGGACAGCUUUACCUUGGACUCCCCCGGCGUCACUGUCACUUUUACCCCGGGGAACCUCAAGAACUCAUUGAAUGACAGCGGGCUUUGUGUAUCGGAGCUGGACAGCUUGGAGAGUGCCAGCUCCAGAAAGAUGUCACCAGUCACCCCGAAGAGCCCUCAGAACUUGGGAUGCACCAAAGCUGCCCCCACGCCAGGCGUCUCCAGGAUCCCCAACCAGCCCAGGCGGGCCGUGAGGGCUGGGAACCCUCAAGGGACACACAAGAUGCAAACCAUCCAUUCUAGUCUUCCUCGGACUCUGAGAACUACUACCUCAACCCCCCAUUAUAUGGGUGCCAUGCACCAUAGCCAUGAACUGCCCAGCCCAGGGGGGCUCUUCGAUGACCCGUGGCUAGUGAGAGUGGAUGUCCCACCAGGCACCCACUCCACAGACCCACUGUCCUCUCCUAGUAACCCUCCACUAGUGAUGGACCCCUUAAAUGUGCCCUGCAGGGAGGCCUCAGGGCUUAGGCCCCCCAAGUCCCAGACAAUGUUGGCCUGUUCUCAGAGGGUGGUGGACGGAUGUGAAAUGUCUUGCAAGUCAGCUGGGGACCAUGCUAGGAAACCAGAGGUUCUGACUCAAAUCCCACCCCUGAGGAGAGGGGCCACCACUCUGGGAGUGAUGCCAGUGGCUCGAGGUGGAGAUAACCCCGAGGCCCUGGCCCGAGGCAAUCUUGACUCCACCUUGACCACCAGUAGCCUGAAAGCCUCUGUGGGGAAGAAGAGCGGCCUCCAGAAGUCCAGCCUCUUACCCAGGCCCAGUGGGACAGGACCCCCUGCUCCGCCCGUCCGGAAAUCAAGCCUUGAGCAAAAAAGCGGCGUUUCUCCGUGUAGGGGAAGCCUGGACCCUGGAAGAGCCCAGGCUUCCAAAGCGGAAGAAGAGGCAGAGCCGAGACCCAGACCCGGUACAGGCUGGGUUUCAGAGAACCUGAAAGGCAAAGCCACCGUCAAGAGUGAGCACUCUCUGCCCAAGAGUACCUCCAGCUUGAAGGCGAGAGCAGCCAAGCCGGAAGGAGUGCAUCGUUACGGAAGCCACAUGUCUCUGGAGCGGUGCGAGGGCCUGGGCUUGGGGGGAGCCAAGGCUGACGGGGGGAGCGGCAACGUUGGGAGGCAGGGGCGAUCUGUGCCCCGGCUGGGUGUGCCCCCUGCUGCCCCUGCUCCCGUGUCCCCCACAUCCUACAUGACUCCUGCGCCCUGCAAGGGCGGCUCGGCUCGGAGCGUGGCAAAUGCCAAGUCACCGGCUGGGGGGAGCAAGAGCCGGAACCUCCUGGCCGGAGGGUCCCGCUCGCUCAGCUCUUCGGUGAAGUCCCUGAGUCAGCAGCCUGCUGGGAAGAGCACGGGCGGCCCCCCGAACAGCAAGGUGGCCCCACGCACCAUGCCUGGGGUCAGCAGCAAGCCCAGCCGGGGAACCAUCAUGGGCACCAAGCAGGCGAUGAGGGCCGCCAAUAGCCGUGUGAAUGAGCUGGCCUCGGGGAACUCUGGCAAAGGGGGCCAUUCCCGGAGCUCUGCAGACUCGGACAGCGGCAACGACAGCGGUGUGAACCUAGGCGAUGAGAAGGUGCCCGUGCCCGCCUUGCCCUCCCCCUACAGCAAGAUCACGGCCCCCCGGCGGCCUCAGCGCUACAGCAGCGGGCACGGCAGUGACAACAGCAGCGUGCUGAGUGGGGAGCUGCCACCGGCCAUGGGCCGGACGGCUCUGUUCUACCAUAGCGGCGGCAGCAGUGGCUAUGAGAGCAUGAUUCGGGACAGCGAAGCCACCGGGAGCGCCUCUUCGACCCAUGACUCCAUGAGUGAAAGUGGCCUGUCAUCUCCAGGGGGCCGGAUGAGGAGCUUGAAAUCCCCCAAGAAAAGGUCAACAGGUCUGCAGCGGCGGCGCCUGGUUCCCACUCCCCUGCCUGAUGCUGCAGCCCUGGGCAGGAAGCCCAGUGCUGCCGGGCAGUGGGUAGAUCUCCCCCCUCUGCCUGGCACUCUGAAGGAGCCCUUUGAAAUCAAAGUGUAUGAGAUUGAUGACGUGGAGCGCCUGCAGAGGCACCGACGGGAGGAGCCCGAGCCUUUCCAGGAUGUGGAAAAGGGUCUGAUGUAUUUUAAUGCCAAGCUGAAGGUCCUAGAGAGGAGACAUCAGCGAAUCAAGGAAGUGAAGGCCAAGCAUGAACUCCUGAGGGAGGAGCUAGAAGAGACCAAGAACCGGCUGAUGAUGGAUCCUAACAAGUGGAGAGAAGAAUUUGAAGUGGACCCAGAGCUGGAUAAAGAGUCUGAAGAAUACCUGGAGGCUCUCGAACAAGCUACAGAAGAUCUGGAACAGUGUGUGAACCUGUGCAAAGCCCAUGUCAUGAUUGUCACCUGCUUUGACAUUGGUGUGUCUGAUGUACAGGAAGUGGAAGUCUGAGAGCAGACCAGCAUGGACGGGAUGGGAGAGGAAUGGGAUGGGAAAGGGAUAGGACAAGGGAAGGGACAGAAAACAGAAUCCGGGGCGAUGCCUGGUUGUGCCAAGGUUGCAAUGCCAUAAGGAAGUGACAAGGGAAACAGGAAUGUAGAGGUGAAAGGAGCAGCAGGGUGGGAAAAUGGGAGGGAGAGAGGGGAUGGACGUGGGCAAGGAACUGGAAUGUUUCACAAUCAACAUGGUGCCUCAUUCAAGACCAAACUGUACAGAGAGUGAGAAUGAACCAUGCCUGACUGACUGACGGACUGACGGACGGGCAGACGGGCAGACAGGAACUGAGGAUUAAGAACACCAACAGACAUUCCCCUAACAAUGCCAAGUGCCUUUCAUGUUAAUUGGACUUUUUUUUUUCUCCCUUUGGUGCUAGAAAUUUGGAAGCCAGUAGCCCAGGCAUCAGCUGUUUUCCUAUAGGACCUUCAAUAUUGUAUCAUGUAUUUUUGACCCCACGUAAGAACCCCAUAGUAAUGAGAGCAAUAAGCACAUGACUAUUUCCUACUGGUCUUACCUUCUGAUUUCAUAGAAAAGUGAUUUGAUGUAGCAAAAUUUAAAUGGCCAGGAAACCUAGCAGGGUUUGGAUCCAUGAUUUUUUUUAUAGGUAUUUCUAUCUUUCCAAAGGACAUGGGAUGAGUUUUGAUGAGGACUGGUUUUCAUUCACUCCUCAGAGCAGAACUAAAAUUGGCUUUAUUUCUAGUUGAUUCUUUUUUGGCUAAAAGUUUCCUUCACACACAUCCUUAUCUGAUGCCUCAUUGAGGUGUGAGGGUGACCCCUAGGCUUCUGAAGCCUAUGAGUGUAGAGCUAGCCAAGCUAGAAAAGCUUUGAGUAUUGGCCUCCAUGGGGGCUGAAAUCCCGUUUGGUCAUGGCCAAGGCUCAUCACCAGAGGAUUAGCCACUAGGAGGUAGAAUAUUUUUUCGGGGUGGGGUGGGGCCCAGCAACUCUACUAAAUUGUGAGAGGGGUUGGGAACUGUGUUUUUGGAGGACCCACAUGGAUGAGAGUCAUGGUGGAGAUUGAAGUAUAUACAUUUGGGCCCAAAGGGGACUGUUAACUAUGGAACAAACUCAUCCGUGUUUGAAUUAACCUCAUUUUCUACAAACCUGUUCUUCCCCCUUGGGGAAAGCAGUGGCCAAGGGCUUAGCAAAAAGCACCAAGAGCCUUCUUCAGUGGCAGGAAUAGAGCCUCCAAUUUCUUACCAAAAUAAACCAGCAAAAAAAAAAAAGGUUGGGGGGAAGAGUUUUGUAAAUGUUUCAUUAGGUUCAUAUUUUUCUAUCGUUUUGACCAUGAAGCCAAUAUUUGCAUCAAAAACUUUGGAAUCAAAAAAUCAAACUUUACCCAGUUUUUGUAAUGAUGAAUGAAUGCUCAGGACAUGAGUGAGAUGGACGGCUGCAUGAAUUUGUGCUGAGUAUGGAGGGAGGGAGGGGGGGUGGUGGGAGGGAAAGAGGCUGGCCCAGAAGUUCCCUGAGGGGGGGGGAGGUUUGGGCCAAUCAAUUGUUGCCAAAUGAGGAAAAAAGGAAAAAGAAAACAAAUUUUUCCUAGGGUUGAAUAUUGUAUGUAAGGUCCCAUUUCAUACGAAUCAUAUUUUCUGAUCAUUAUGAUUUAUAGGGGUUUUAUGAGCCUUUGUAUAAAUGUGUAUGAUAACAUGGCAUCCCCACUUUUACUUGUGAAUAAAAGAUACAUUUAUUGUUAA